CUUUUUGUGAGGUUCUGCAGGCCUCGGUUCCGGUUCCGGUCCUCCGGAGCUCGGACGGCGUGACGCAGCGGCACCGCCACGCCGAUGUCCGGGUGGUUCUGCAGCUCCGUGGUUCGGAAUCGAUCCAGUGUGAAACCCGAACCUGUGCUGCAGAUCGCGGUCUCGCGCCUGUAGAGCGGGGGGCGCGUGCAGAGCGCGUGGCCGCCGGUGACGGAGGAGGCGGCUCGCGCGGCCGCAGCGCUCUUCGCCUCGCUAGCUCGCUGCUAGCCUUCUGCGGUCCGGAUCGGAGCCGCUCAGAGCCCCAUGAACCCGCACCUGCGGGUGGCUGCGGGGCAGGUCGUGUCGCGGUUCCGUCGGCGGUGUGCCUGGCGGGAUGAUCGUUUUCCGGGGCUGAGUUGGUGACGGAGCGGCGUCACACCGCGGCGGCACCAGCUAGCAUGAUCCGGGAGGUCCCUCACCGGAGCCCGGUUGCCUGAAACUCGGGGCCCCGCACAGUGAUGGAGCCCUUCCUGCAGAUCGCCCCCCACUCCCUGGCCAUCGUGCUGAGCAGGACCAGCGCGGGGGAGGCGGCCGGAGUGUCUGAGAGCGAUGAGCUGCCCCGGCACCACACCGGCUACGAGAUCUUCGCGAAUUUUAAGGCGGAGAACUCCCAGCUGCACGUGUGGAACCAGCGGGUCAGCGAGGCCGUGUCCGAGACCUUCUUCCUGGGAUGGAUCGACGAGCAUGUGCUGCUGAUCCAGGGGAAGGAGGACCACCUGGAGGCGCUGAGGGAGGGUUGGAUGCGGAGAUGCCUGAAUCCACCUCGGGGAUUCACCAUCAAGUACCUCGGGGAUGUCUCGCCCAUCAGCAUGUCCCCAAUCAGCCAACCACAGUUCAUCCCCCUUGGAGAGGUUUUGCUUUUGGCCAUUUCUGCUCUAAACUCCGCCCACAAGCCUGUCACCGAGGAGGCUCUGACCGAGCACCUGCAGACAUGUUUCCAAGGUGUUCCCACACCGACAGAGGAGGCGCUCCACCAUACGCUAAGCAUGCUGGUCCAUGAGCGCAAGAUUUACCCCACCCCUAAUGGAUACUUUAUCGUCACCCCCCAAACGUAUUUCAUCACUCCCAGCCUGGUCCGGACUGGUUCUAAGUGGUACCAUUUAGAUGAGCACUCGGCUGACCGACAUCAGUACCAGAAACCGGAGCAGCACCAGCUGACUCAGUGCACCUCGCCUCUCUCUGGCACCAUAACCCCGUCUACCUCCGGAGGACUGCGGGAUCGGACGUAUAAAGCAGAGGGCUCCCAGAGCCACCACGCCACUCUGCAGCGGUGCUCCCCCAAAGACCACCGAGAGGUGCACUCCUCACCACAAACGCCUUCUCAGCAAGUGGGAGGAAACUCGGAGAAGGGCAGGAGCAGCCUUGGGUUUGCUUUCAAGAUGGACACGCUCACCAAGCACAAAGGUGGGGCGGCUGUGACCGCCGCACUGGCAGAUGUGGACAAGUCUGCAGGAAGUGGUUCUGGGAGCCGAAAGUUUGGCUUGAAAUUGUUCCGGUUGAGUUUUAAGAAGGACAAAACAAAGCAGCUGGUGACCUUCUCCGCCCAGUUCCCCCCAGAAGAGUGGCCACUCCCUGACGAGGACACCCCGAGUCAGAUGCCUCGCUAUGUGGAGAUGGAGAUUAUUCGCAGAAUCAACCCUGACCUCACCGUGGAGAACCUGGCCCGCCACACCGCCGUCAUGAAGCGCCUGGAAGAGGAGCGUGUUCAGAGGAGCAUGGCGUCCUCGGCCAAUCAGAGUUCCAGGAGCAGGAGGAGCGGCGGCCGACACAGGAAGCAGUCCCAGACCAAACCUGGACGCUCCCACAGCAAAACCCGGUCCAACCGCUUCGACCCGGCCGACGCUUCCCGCACAGAUCCAGCCAGCAGAGACUAUCGGGGCCACUCCUCGUCUCUGGCUCGCUCGCCUCGAGAACAGGCCCUCGCCAUGGAGAGGCACCGGGCGCGCCUGCACCUCGCUCACAGCAUUCCCAACAUCCUCGACUCCACACACCUGCCUGUCACGCCCGAGUGGGACGUGUCCGGAGGGCUCGCCAAGCGGCGCAUGGAGGUCCCUUUCCCAGAACCGAGCCAUGUCCCGUUAGCCCAUCACUCCAAAGUCCACCGCUCGCACUCGCACACCCAGGAGAGGAAGUCCCGCAGUGAGCGCAGCAGCAAAGCCAAGGAGCGCUCCCGCUCUAUGGACAACUCCAAAGCAGCGCUUGGAGUUGGCCCGGUGGCGCCGUCCAACUAUUACGACAGCCGAAGUCGCUACUACACGGAAGAUGGCAGCCUGCGAGCCAACCAAAGCUCCACGCAGUUCUGCCGAGCGCCACUCUCGGCAGGGCUGGAGGGCGGCAGGAGCUUCGAUAGGAGUAAGAGUCGAGACAGCCUGGUGGCUUACAAAACACUGCCCCCCCACAGCGCUCCUCCUGACGAGUACUUCCAGUGUUCCGGGAAGCCCACCAACACGCUAGGAACUCUGUGCAGGAGCGGCUCCGACCAGCAGCCCGCCCAUCCCCCAGAAAGCAAAGAGGACCCUCUAAAGGUGGGCACCAAUGGUGGCAGCUUCCCCUCCAUACCUCUACCCAUCCCCGACUCCUCCCUCCCUAACCUACGGCCUCCCAACAGCGCCUCCUGUGGUCAGGAGAAAAACAAGGAGGUCUUCAACAAAGACGUGCUGUUCGAUCCUCCAUCCAGCCUCCCCCUGUCGAGCUACAGCUCUCUGAAAAAAACCCUCCCCCUGUCCUCGUCCUGUGACGCCCUGGAUGCUCACAGCGACACCCCCAAACCGCUGGUGGUGACUACAUCCGCGCCUCCACUGGUACCCGAAACAACCUCUGGUGCUGCCGAUGCCUCUCUGGACUACUACAACGUUUCAGACGACGAAGAAGCCGAGGAGGGGGGAGCUAGGAGCAAAGAGGGGGCUUUAGGGGAAAAGCCUGGGGGAGGUGGUGGGACGGGAAGAGGGGGAGCAGGGACCAUGCAGUGGCUGCUGGAGCGAGAGAAGACCAGGGACCUUCAGAGGAGGUUUGAAAGAACUCUUACUCUUUCUGGUGCUAAAGACCACCUUCCUGAACCAGGUCAGAACCAGCAGGCGGCGCACUCCGCCAGGCUGGACAGUAUGGACUCCAGCUCUGUCACGGUGGACAGUGGAUUCAACUCCCCCAGAACCCGGGAGAGCCUGGCCUCCAACACCUCCUCGGUUGUGGAAAGCAACAGACGGCAGAACCUGGCUCUAAGUCCCGGACACUUAGGCAUGGCCGCCAGCACUGGACCCCCUUUCUCCUUCCAUACCAUCUCAGAACCUUCUGGCAGCCAAACGGAGAAGCUGCAGAAGCCCAGCAGCUGCCUGGCCUCCAUCACCAGCGUGUGAGGCUGCAGCUCAGAGCAGGACUGUUACUCGUUCAGAGAGAAGCCGCCCCCGCCGGCCCGAUCCUGCGGGGGCUUCAGUGUUUUGAUUUUUCUGUGAUCUCAGGUUCUGUUGUUACACUUCCACACAUCCCGCUUCAAGAUUCUCCAUGAUUUCACCAUCGUUGUCAUGGACCUCUGGAGACAGACGGCAUUCAUGUCCAAACCGUUCCUGAAGAGCUCCUUUUGAUGUGAAGCCGUUUCCAUGGUUUGUUUUUGGUGCUGCCCCGGUUCAGCCCUGUCGCAGCCUUCACACGUUCACCCAUGUUUUCAGGGGGAACCUGGGUUCUAGAGGCUUCUCAGAACCCUGCGAGACGGUCCAGUCCAGCUGCUGCCUCUAACCAGACUCAUCAGUCUUCCUCACAGAUGGAGCCAGACUGAUGUGUGAGGCCUUCUCCAAAACCUUCCAUAGAUGCUGACAGGUUCUGAUCUGGACUCUAGCUCCAUGAAGCUGCACUGAGCUCCAACGCUGUGAACAUCUCCUGGAACUUCAGCUGGUGAGGGGGCAGCUUCAGGCUGAACCGGUUUGAAAUGUUUCUGAAGCUCGACCGCAGAGAACCCAGAUCCAGAUUCUGCAGCUAAGAUGACUUCAUCCUCUGAUCCUCCAUCAGUCGGAGCUCCUCAUCUGCUGAUGGAGCUCUUCAUCUCACUGAGCAGCCAACAUCUCUCAGCUCUUCCUUCCACGCUCAGACUAGGAGCUUUGCUCUCCGCUGGUCUUUCAUCCCCUUAACCUCCAUCAGGUCAUAAUCUCACAGGGUUUCACUUCAGAGCUGAACUUUAAAGGUUCCCAUGAACGGGUCUGAGCCCUCCGGACUGCUCUGGGUGGUCACAUGGUCUACAGCUUGUAGCAUCAAACGAGCAGAGUCAUCCUCUAGACCAGGGGUCUGCAAACUUUUAGAGUAUUUUCUAUUGAUUAAAAUCUGGAAAGAGCCGCAUAGUCUUACUUUAGCCUUUAAAAAUGUGUUUUUUUUUUUAAAUAAAAAAAAAUAAAAUAAAUAUGAAUUAUGUCUAUUUUUUGGCACAAACAAAACCAAAAAUAUAAAAAGAACCUAGCAUCUCUCCAAAUGUGUUUUUUUUUUUUUUACGUUUGACAGAAGCUCAAAUAUCUUCUUUUCAAAAUAAAAGCUGCUCUGUGCCAAACAGGAUAAUCUCAGUGCAGCUCUGGACAGAUAGUAACUAAUGCUGUGAAGUAUAAAAUAAUAUGUGUUUUUAACUCAUAAAAGAUCAAACUUUUUACUAAAGUUUUUCUUUGUAUAUAAAUCUGUUCAUUCUGGAGGUAGAGUUGAGCAAACAAGACGUCUUCAAGUCAACAGGAUGUAA